AUGGACCCCACGACAGGGUCGUCGACGAGCUCUAGUUCGCCUGGAGCGAUUCGCACGCGCAGCAAAACACCCGGAAACAUAGCCAAGCGGGCAUGCGACCAAUGCAAGUUCCGCAAGAUCAAGUGCAGCUUAUCGCAACCUUGUAAGGCUUGUCAGUCGAUGGGUUUCGAUUGUACAUUUCUGCAACCGCAAAAAAAGCGAGGGCCAACAGGACAUCGCGUGUCGCAAAUUCGACAGCAACAGACUCACCUUGUUCCAACAAGCCCUCAAGAUCCCCAAAUUGGGAAAUCCGAUUCCUUCCAGUACCAUGUCUCUAAUUCGUCGGUCGAGACCGGCCAGCCUGUGUCUCUGCCAGGUACAUCCUGGACACCAACUCCCGAAGUCCCAAUACCGGUAAAUGGAGCUGGGGGGUUAGCUCCCGCCGGCCCAUCAGCAGUAGUAGAUGCUUGGGGAUCGGAGAAUCCGUCGUUGGAACCUCAUGGCAAUGCGGUAGGCUGGAAUGACCGUCCAGAUGUGGAGUACUGGCUCCCUGAUAACCUUGGGGCGCACGUACCCGUCUUUGAAUUUCCAGGGAGCAAUAUCUAUCUCAAGCCAUCUUUGCCAUCCAUUAUUCAGCCAGUACCCGAUGUUUCGGCUAUGAACUUGCAUCUACAGGAAACGUCAAGCAUGUCGUACUCCCCGGCCGUUGGGUCUGUAGGUUCACUUCCUUCGGAAAACCAAGAUGUGGAGGACUUUUGGCCUCCUUCGAUUAAUGAGGCCAAUAUGAUCCCAUGGAUCGAUGUCUACUUUGAUCGCCUGCAUCCUACUGUCCCAGUGCUGAGCCGAUCUUCCUUAUUCACUCGCAUGAUGUCACAAGAGCACCGAAAAAACCCCCAAUUCGGAGCGAUGACAUUAUCUCUAUGCGCAUUUUCACUGACCCAGCCAAUCGAAAUUAAUGAACGGCCCACUGCAUCAAGGGCCACCCAAGCACGGUUGAUGAUGCAUGAAGCCACCAAGAUGCGAAGCUGUUCGGACUUUGGAGAAAACCCAACCAUUGAGGCGGUGCUGACUAGUUUCUUCCUCUUUGGUUGUCUUUUUGGGAGUAAUCAACAUAAUGCUGCUUGGCUUCGAUUACGGGAAGCUUUGGACCUUGCGUCGACGCUAGGUUUAAAUGACACUAGCUCAUAUCGUGACCUCUCGGGAGAAGAGAAAGGCCAAAGAUUACGAACUUAUCUCGUUCUUUCCAUUACAGAAAGAGCAUAUGCCCUCCAAAGACUACACCCCGUGACAUUUUCAGGCAAACCUGGAUUUAGCAUGCGCUCCGUACACGAAUUCCUGCACAACGCAACCCACAGUCUUGUUUCUGGCAUCAUUGUUCACAAUGAGAAAGACGCCGAGGGUAUGAUGGGCCUUGCAAGGAUGAUGGAAUUGUUUGAUGCAAUCGACGAGGAUUUUAUCCAUUGCUGGAAUCGAAGAUGCAACAUUAAUAAUGGAUUCUGUCAAAAGUUCACAGAAGCAAAGGCAUUAUCCAUGCAUGAAAGUCUAGCGAGAGUUAGUCAAGCCGAGCGAUAUAAGGGAUACGACUGGUUUGAACGAGCAAAAGUAGAGCAAAACGACAACAAUAAUGCUCUCUUGGCGAUAGGCCUGCGAGAAACACAAGCUGCAGACGUUUUCAUCACCCAGAAAUGGAUACACAAUCGCAUCUGGUUGUUAUGUCUCUACCACGGCCUCCUCAGGGCUCACGCCGAACGACCUGAGAUGACUUUCGGCUACGCAGUAACUAUCGCCGAGUCCACGCUCCAAACUUGUCAAUCGCUAAGACUCAGCUCUAUGGAAGCCCAUGGUAUAGGCUUUACCGAGAAAUUAUAUGAUGUCGCGAUCGGCGCAAUAGACAUUCUUUGUAACAUCAAUCCGCCCUUCGGAACCGGAAUGACACCUCUGGGGGCUUACCCUGAAUCAGUACCCACAACCUCAACGCCGCAAAGCCUGGCAGAAGACUUCUUGUUACUCAUGAGAAGUUUCCGGGGUGGCAACCAUCCAUACUUGGAGAAGUUACUGGCUCAUUUACAGGCCCUACAUGUCCCUGCACCUAAGGUCACCUGGGCCCAGCAAUGA